UUCACCCCCCGCAUGUUGAGCAUGUCUUGACUUGAACUUUAUGCAUGAUUGGUACUUCUGGUGAGUCUCAUUUCCUUUCCCUCUUUGGGUCUGGUAAUGCUUCGUUUUACUGUAGUUUGCUUGUUGUUUGUUAGGGCCCACUUGACGCUCCUGGCUCAGUUGUUGUGUUGUUAUUGUUGUUCUUUUGUUACAUGUUUUUUUUUUUAAUAUUUACUUUGUUUCAGGUUUGAUGUUGUUUUUCUUUGGUCUGAUUGAGCCGUUGUCGACAGUAGUUUACUUCUUUGCUCCGGAACAAGACCUUUCUCCAGUAUUAAAGGUUGGUUUUGCAUUCUUGGUGGAGUGGUCUCUUUGUCUGCAUUUGUUGAUCUUUCCCUUUUUGUCUUCCUCGUUUUCUGCACGAGGUGGACUUGUGUUUGAUGGUUUUCUUCACUUGCUUCUUUCUUUUGUCGCAGCAUUUCUACAAUUUCUGCUGGCCCUGUUGUUUUUUCUGGAGGCGUGCGUAUCCUGACUCGACUUCCAGUGGAGCGGCUGUUGGGUUUUCGGGCACUGGCUGGGCUGUUCUUCCCGUAAUCUUGUGGCGUAAUCCGAUCCGUAUCCGUUGUGAGAGUGUCCUUUGGCUGAAGUGGCGAUUCCCUGGCCCAUUCCUUGUGGUGGCUGGUUUUGGGUAUUUGGUUAUGUGGGCCCGACUAUUUCCGAGGCGUCAGAGUGCUGAUUGCGAGCAGGCGGUGCCUCGCAGCUGUUUGUUGACAUGGCGUCUGUGAAAAGCUGAAGUUGGUGGCUGCUCUGGACGUUUGGACU